AUGCACCAAGCCGCGGAGAAAGGCCUCUUCCACCUAGUCGAGGCGCUCAUCGCGGCGGGAGAACCAGUCAAUCAACCUGAUCCACGUGUUAGCGGGUGGACUGCGCUGUCCUACGCGGCCAAUUGGGGGCAUGGUGAAAUCGUGCGCAUCUUGCUAGCGGCGGGCGCCAACCCGAACCAGCGCGACGUCUACGGAAGGACCCCGCUGCUGCACAACAUGCAUAACGGCCGGCCAAGGGCUCCGGAGGGCGAAGAACGCGUCGAAUUCUCGGCUGACACGUUCCACCAGCUCGUACAGGCCGGCGCGUGGAUAGAUUGCCCUGAUUCCGCGGACGGGUCGCCGCUCAUCUAUGCGGUCGAAAGCGGCUACUCGGAGUGCGUCGAGUACCUCGUCGCUCACGGCGCCGACGUC